GCGCAGAGCUGAGCACCAGUCUCUUUCCCUCUCUGAGCUUCCCUGUAACAUGAUGGGUAUCUACCCUGGUGUGUGCCUCAUUGGCAUCCUGCUACAGAUGUACCCCAGUGACCAAGCUGUUCCCUGCCGUAUGUCACGGAGACAGUCCCCAGCACCCUAUACCAUCUCCACCCUGCACAGGAUCAGGGGGGGGCCUGAACUACUACAUGGAAGUGCUCACCAGGCCAAGUUUGAAAACAAGCUUCAGUUCUCGAUCAGAAUGAAAGGGAAGGAUCACGUUCUCACACUCCACAAGGCGCAUGAUCUACUGGCAGGGAAUUUUUCGGCGUCCCAUUAUGAAGCAGAUGGACGACUGGUGACAGAAUCACUGGGACAUCAGGAGCACUGCUGCUAUACGGGCUCAGUGGAUGGACUGGUGGAGUCCCUGGUCUCGCUGUGUACCUGCCCCAGCCUCAGUGGGUACAUCACUCUGAGAGAGGAAAUUUACAGCUUUGAUGCCCUGAGACCAGCCGAGCCUGAGGAGAACACAACCAUAAAGCUGCACUAUCACCCUAUACAUCCAGCUAUGGGUGCAGCACCCAGGCGCUCCCGCCGCUCCCCCCAGUAUUCCCAUUUAGCGGAGGGCGCUAGAGAGCCGUACAAGAUUGAGCUGUUUUUGGUGGCAGAUAAAGAAGAGUUCCAGCGGCACGGAGAGAGCGUGGAGAGAACCAGGCACCACCUCAUGGCUGUAGCCUAUCACCUCAAUCAGAUCUUUUUGGAUAUAGACUUCCAGAUCUUUCUGGUGGGGAUUGAGAUUUGGAGUGAGGAGAAUAAAGUGAAUAUUUCUGACGCGGCAGAUUCAUCGCUCCUGCGGUUCCUGGAGUGGCGGGAGCAGGUUCUGCUUCCCAGGAUGCACCACGACAACGUUCAGCUUAUUAGCGGGGUGCGCUUCAAGAACCACAUCCUCGGGGAAGCCUUUCUGGCCCAAAUGUGCUCAGAGUCCCAUAGCGGUGGGGUUAUCAGGGACACAGGGAUCAGCCCCAAAGAGUUGGCCAAGUACAUUGCCCACGAGAUUGGGCACAACCUGGGCAUGAAGCACGAUACGGAAAAUUGCUAUUGCCCAGUGGGGCCAGGGAGGUGCCUUCUUUCAAAGCGGAAUUGGUACGACAUCCACCCAGUGUUUAGCGAGUGCAGCCGCCACUCCCUCACCAGGUUCCUCGAGGAGAAGAACAUCACCUGCUUAAUGAACCCACCCCACACAUAUAUCGAAGAAUCUCCCCCGGGCGUUGAUCAGCACGAGGUUCUUGAAACUGUUGGAAAAGUCUCCAUUUUCCUGUGUUCUCUGAUCAUCCUGCCGAUCUUCCUAAUCAUCUGGAGAAGGGCGUCAGGCAAACCCCCCCAGGCCGUGUAAGUGGGGGGGCGAUAGGAAAACUGCAGGAAGAGUUUCUCGCGGGAUGGAUAACUGGGUGCCAUGCCCCCCACUGGCGCUGAUCCAGAACAUUGUAGGUGCCUCUUUCUAUGGGUGGGUUGGGUCACAGCACUGGCAGUGAAUGGCUGCCCUUUCCUUUUGUUGGUGAGCCCAAUACUGGUUGCGUCGAAGGACCUUCCUGUCCUAGAAGGACUCACCGCGGAAGCCUCUUAAAGAGAGAAUGAGAGAAAUGUGCUGCACCCUAAGGCCAAGUGAACUAAGGAACAAUGUGAGGUGGUGUCACCAGUGGCCUAAUGAGCCAAUACGCCAGGCAGAACAGUGGACUGGACGUGCAACAUAAAUUAAUAAAGAAUUUUGCACUUUAAUGAUGGAAGCCAAUGGCUGCUCCUAGGCUUUGGCAUAUAUCCCAGAGGGACGCAGUUUACUAAGAUGUGAAUGUGAUAGACUAUUCCACCUCACCGAUCAUCCAUGAGACUUUUAGCUUGUACCCACCCAGACGUUAUCAAUGGUACAGUCCUAUUUGGUGAGUGAAGCUGAUCUGGUGGAGCUGAGCGUGCCCAAAGCAGGCCAAUGAGGCUACUAAGGAACAUAUUGGAAUAUAUGGAAAUAUUUAAUGACAAAAGCACAUCUUCUGAGCCUAGAGGAUAGGAGAUUUCACUAUCAGCAUAGGAAGAGUUUUGGGUUUAUAAUAUGUAUAGUUUAAUGAGAGGUAUGAAGAGUGAUUUAUUGGUUGGGUUCAAACACGGGCCUUUCUGACAUAAGUGGCAUACAUAAGAUGAUAACUGGUUGCUAGGCAUAAGAAAUAUGAUUUGUAAAAGAAAUAUAAUGGUAGAACCCAGGGGCUGCCCAAUGCCCAGGGAUCAGUUCUGAUACCCCCACUGUACAUUGCCCUGUCUAGAAAUCUCAGUGCCACUUGCACAGGUGCCACCCCUCUCCUGGGGUCACAUAUGGCUACUCCUGGCAUCCCAUAAUAAGUCUGUGACAACUCAUAGAGGUCCCUUCACUGGUUCCAUGUAAUGUGAUUGUCAUGCAGUGGGCCUACAGACUUCCCAGUCACGCUCCCUAGCCUUAGCUAACCUUGGCUUCUCCGUUCUACAGUCACCCGUAACCCAAUGAGCUGACACUCUAAAUCCCCUACUGAUACAGAAGUAAGGCUGGGGUGCCAUAGGGCCCAUCACAGGCAUGAGCACCACACCACUGUUAAAAAGCACAAAAAAUAUAAUGACCAGUUUUAAAAAAUACUAUAGUUGGCCUCAUACGAACGAUUAAUAUCAAGGUUAAUCCACUUCAGGCCAGAGAGGCUUGUUUGUUCUAAGAAGAGAAUUGUUCUCCCAAAUAUAAAUGUGCCCCAGCCCAUUAAUACUACCUGCCACUAACGUCUACCUCUAACUGCCACUAGGCGGCGCCAUUCCAUGUUCACAUAUUUGUCUGAUCCUAUUGUCCUAAAAAGCAUUACUUUUUUUAACAAAUUGCUGAAUAAAGGCAAAAUGUACCUGUGAAUGUAAAUAGAAAAUGAAAAGGCCUCUC